AUGUCUCGCCAUCACCCCGAUCUCGUUAUGUGCCGCAAGCAGCCGGGAAUCUCUAUCGGUCGACUGUGCGACAAGUGCGACGGUAAAUGCCCCGUGUGCGAUUCCUACGUGCGCCCCACGACUCUCGUUCGGAUCUGCGAUGAGUGCUCUUUCGGCAACUACCAGAACAAGUGUAUCGUUUGCGGUGGCGAGGGAAUCAGUGAUGCUUUCUACUGCUUUGAAUGUACGCGAUUAGAGAAGGAUCGAGACGGUUGUCCGAAGAUUAUAAACCUGGGAAGUUCGAGGACGGACUUAUUUUACCAAAAGAAAAGUUUUCGAAAUCAUUGA